AUGGCACAAAAUAAAAUAUUUUUUAUUCUUACUGGGGAACCUGGUGUCGGAAAAACAACAUUAGCGAAAAAGAUAUCUUCAGCACUUUCCAGCAAAGGCGUCAAUGUUAUAGGGCUUUACACAGAAGAAGUUAGAAACAAUCGGGUUAGGGAAGGCUUUGAUGUUCUCACUCUUGAAGGAGCAAGAGGCAGGUUGGCUAGGGAUCAGACUCUUUUAGAUGGGCCUGUAAAAUAUAAAGUUGGAAAAUAUGGUGUUCUGGUAGAGGAAUUUGAAGAUGUUGCUUUGCCAUCACUAAUAAAGCCUGCAGAGAAUGGGACAUGUAUCUUAAUAGAUGAGAUUGGAAAAAUGGAAUUCUUCAGUGAUAGAUUCAAAACAAAGAUAAAAGAAAUUUUCAGCCCUAAUUCAAAUGAUGUAGUACUAGCUACUAUACCGAUUAGGAAAAGUGACAAUCUCAUAGAGUCCAUACGAAAUAAUAGCAGGUCUAAAGUGUGGGUGGUAACCAGAGAUAACAGGAACACAAUUCAUGAUGACAUUAUAAUGGAAAUGCAAAAGGCUUUAAAGUUCUAA